AUGUAGUCAAAAGAAUUUAUUUAACAAGCAUUAGAAGAUCUUUACUAUAAUCAUCAAGGAAAAUUAGAAAUGGAUGAAUUAUAUAAUCUUCUGAUUUCAAAACAUUCUUAAGACUAAUAAGAUAUUACAUAAAAAGUACAUUCAGUAUGCGGAGCACAGAUUGAUAAAGGUAGUUUGAGUUUUCAAUGUUUUGAUUGUUCUGGAGAUUUUAAUCAUAUGAUUUGCAUCAAAUGUUUCGAUAUUAAAAAACACAUAAGUAUUAUGUAUGAUAUUUUAGAUCAUAAGUUUGCACUUAGAGAUAGCAGUGGUUGUUGUGAUUGUGGAGAUAUAAAUUCUCUUAAUUUAGGAAUUUGUGAUCAUCAUCAAGGUCAUGCUAAGAUUAAUAAACAAGAAAUUAUAGCUUAAAUAUCUGAGGAUGUCUAAAAUAACACUUAAAUUUUUCUAAAAUGUCUCAAUAACAUAUUAAAUUAAUUAUACCUUGAGAUCAAACCUAAGAGUACUAAUAUUCCAUUUUAUGUUAAAAUUUAUCAUUUAGCUGUGAAGAAAAAUUUCACAAAAUUGAUAGAUAUAAUUCAAUUAUAAGACUAUUAUGAAAGUUUUAACAAAGCACUAUUUUAUCACAAUAUAUUAAUUUAAUAUAUAUCUUGGUUCAUUGAAGUAAAUCAUAAGAAUCUCUUUUUAAUAACUUCUAUAUUAUAAUAAAUUGAUGAGAACUCCAAUUAAAUGAUAUUAGAAAAUAUUUUUGAAAGAUAAUUAGUAUUAGAAUCUUUAGGACCUUUUCAAGGAGAAAAAAUAGAAAAAAUUUUUUAUGCUUUUCAUGCUGAUGAUGAAUUUAAACAGUUAACACAUGUUAUUUUUAUGAAUAAUUAUCACAAAUUACAUUAUUUUUUAUUUGAAAAUUAAAAAGUUUUUAAAUUGUUAUAAGGCAUAUAUGAAGAUUUAGAAAAUUAUGAUGAAGAACAAAAUAAUAUUAAUCUCUAAACAAUAGAAAAUACAGUAGCAUAAUAAAUUUAAUAAGAAAAACUUGAUAAUAAUCAUAAUUUUGUUUAGAUUUAUAUAACCACUUUUAGAGGUUAACAUACAUAAUUUUGUACUUAAAAAAUGUUAGAAAUAUUUUUCUUACCUUAAAAUUGUUCUCAUUAUCUAUAAAGCUUAAUUAAAUGUUAAGAUAUAUAUUUUAAAGAUAUAGAUUUUGGAUAAGAUUUUUCCUUUUUACAUUUAAAUCUUUUAUCAUUUAGAUUAGAUUGCACAUGGUUUAAAUAUGCACUAAUUAAUUCAUUAAAAUAAGUAUUAGAUGAUAAAUUUGAUUCUUUUUAAGAAAAUAUCAUUACUUAAAAUGAUUAUGAAGAUUUUCAAAAAAGAUAAUUUAUUUUUACUUAAUUGAUUCAUUCAUUUUAUAAUGUAAAAAAAUAAUAGUAAAAUUAUUAAAUAGAUAAACUUGGUGUUUAAUAAAAUGACUUAAUUAAUGCUGCUUUAAUAAUUAGCUAUUAAUCACUAUAACUUAACAUAUUUAAUAGAAUGUUUUAAAGUUUAAGAAGUCUUAUGCCUAAAAUUAUUGGAAAAAGAAAUCUAUCAAGAAUUAUUUUGUAAUAGUGUUAUUAAAAAUUAAAUUAAGAUAUUUAAAAUUAUAUGAAUUUUGAAUAAAUCGAUAAUUUUUAUUUAAAUUACUUAAAUACUGAAUUUACUUCAUAAAAUCAAAAAUAAAUAUGUGAUUCAUACAAUAAAUUAAGUCUAAAGCUUUUAAAAAGACCAAUUAUUGCAAAUCUAAUUUUUAUUGAAUUAUUAGUACUUGAAUAUUUUGAAGGCUCUUUUAAAGAUAAAUAAUAAUUUCUUAACCAUUUGAUGUAAGUUCUUAGAAUAGAAAAUUUGUAGGAUUUAAGGCUAUUGUUUAAUUAUUUAUUAGUUGAUUCUCUUUAAAAUCUGAUUACUUUUAAUUUUGAUUAGUAAAAGAGGUUAUACUUUAAAUAUUCAAGCAUAAAUAAAAUUUAAAGUUAGAUGGAAUCUAUUGAUCUUGCUUGCAUAAAAUUAUACCUAUUUUUAUUUGAAUAGGAUGGAUUAUAGUUUUUUGAUGAAAUAUUUAAAAAAUUCAGAAUACCUGAUAAAAUUAUAGAAUCUUAAAUUUAUAAGUAAUUAUUCAUAUAAAUUUUAGUUUUAUACUCUUAAGCAUAAUGGCAUCAGAAUUAGAAUUUUGGAAUGUUUUAUAAAUGGUUGAAGAAAAAAUAGAUAUAUAUCCUGAUGAACUUAAAUCUGCAAUUAAUUAUACUAUAAUAAAUAUAUUCAAUCUAUCAUCAAGUUUAAGUUAUACUGAUAUAGAGAAAUACGUAUAAUAAUUAAAAAUAAAAACAGAUUAAUCACUGUAAAAUUUUGUAUAACAAGUAUGUUAAUUAGAUUAGAUAUCUAAAAAAUUUACUUUAAAAAAAGAUUUAUAAUUAUAUUUUGAUCCAAUCUUAUUUUAUAAAAAUAAAACUAUAUAUGGACAACUUUUAGACAGAUUAAUUGAUCAAAGAAAAUCAUAAGAAUUUAUCAAUUUUGGAAAUUACAUUCAAUACAGAGCAGAUGAUAUCAUAAAGUAAAUGAAAUAAAAUUCAAAUUCAAUAUUUUUUGAUAUUUUUAUCCUACUUACUAAUAAACCAUUUAUUACUUAGUUGAUUUAAAAAAUUUAAUAAUAAUAAACAUUAUAAGCUUAUCAAUUAUUGAAUUAUUUGAUAAUUAUUUUAUCUAAAUAAUAAAAUAAGAUUGAUGAAGAAUUAUUUGAAUUAAUUUAAUCACUUAUUUAACAUUAAAGUUAGAAUGAUUAAAAAGGUGCUGAAUAUUUAAAUUAGAUCAUUAAUAAUUUAAAAUAAUUAUUUGAAAAAGAAUCAAAUACCUUUAAAGAAUAAAAUAUUUAAAAAUAGGUUUUUGAUAAAUCUAAGAUGAAGAAUAAAUAUCUAGAGAAAUAAAUUUAAUUUAAUAAUUAAUUAGAUGUCAAUCUUUAAUCAGAAUUACUAUAACAAAAAUUUGAUGAAAAUGACUAUUGUUAAUCAUGUAAAUUACAUUUAAACAACAAUGAUAAAUAUACUCCAAUUUUUAUCUAAACAUUUGCAAAGUAAAGUCUAUAUGAAAUUAUGCCAACAGCACUACAUAAUGAAUUAAAUGCUUAAGCUUUUAAUCUAUUAAAUAUAUCUAGUUGUAAACAUUAGUUUCAUUUUGAAUGUUUAACAAAAUCAUUUAAAAAUUUAUAUCAACAAAAUUUACCUUAAUGGAUCAGUUCUCAUUGUCCUAUUUGUUAAUAAAGUUGCAAUAUAUUAUUACCAAUGACUGAACUUGAUAUUCAUUUUGAUUAAUUUAAUUUAGAAGUAUAGGCAGUUCUGAUUGAAUUAAAUUUAGAUUAAUAAUUCUUUUAAAAAUAUAAAGAUUAAGAAAAUUUGAUUUUAUUUGAAAUAUUCUAUUAAAUACUUAAUAAUAUUUUGAUCUAAAUUUUUGUUUAAAAAGUUGACUUUUAGAGAUCUAGUAAAAUAUAGAUUUUCUAACAAUUUUUCAAGAUUUUAUAGUAUACUUAUAAUAAAAUAAAUUAUAAAUAAAAUAUACUUAAUUUUAAAAGAGGAUAAAUAUUUAUAUUGGAUUUACUUUUAUUAAUUGAAAAUUAUGUGAUGAAAUUAAUUAGUAAAAAUGAUUAUGAAUAAGAAAUAUCAAAUAUUUUAUUAUCAUUACCAGUUUAAAAUGAUGAUAUAGUUAAAAUUUUAUUUAGUUGUUUUGAUAUAGAAUUUAAUGAGAAACUAUUUAAAUAAGAAAAAAAUACAAAAUAAUUAAGUUUUAUAACAGAUUUCUAUUAAAUUCAAAAUGAAAUAUCUAAUUAAAUAGCCAUACUAUUAGGAAAUAAUUUUGAAAUAUUUAGACAUAGAUAUAUUAAGAAUUUAUGUAAAAAAUGUGGAUUCUUUAAUUAUAAUUUUUAAAAAAGUAAAGAUAUUGCUUUAUGUUUAUUAUGUUUAAAAACAUUCUGCUUAGGAUCAUGUUAGAAUAAAUAAUUUGGAAAUUUAACUAUUCAUAUUGAAGAGGAACACAAUGGCCAUUCAAUUUAUGUUUGUUUAAGUUCAGGUAAAGUUAUAAUAACAUCUUAUCCAAUAUAAUUAGUUAAUUUUUUAACAUUAUUUUAUAAUAACCUAGGCUAAGAAUUAGAAUAAAUUACAUAUCAUAAUCAAGAUUGGAAUAAUUAUAAAUUAGAUAUGGAAAAAGUAGAUUAAAUUUCAAAGAUUAUUUUAUUAAAUUAAUAUUAACAUAUUGUAAGAAAUGCAUUAAAUGAUCAAAAUAGAUAGAAUAUUAGAAGGAAUUUAUGA